AUGGCGCGCCCUCGCGCCGACGACGCGCGCGCGUCGAGCGCGGUGGCGACGAGGUCGUGCGUGUUCACCGUCGCGCUCCACCCGUCGGCGCUCGCGGACCCGCUCGCGGGCGCGCGCGCGGUGCUCGACGCGAUGAAGAUGCGACACGUGGACGCGCUCGGCGGCGUGCUCAUGGCGUACGACGACGAAGCGCUGUGCGGCGCGCGACGACGCGAGCGCGACGACGACGGCGACGACGACGGCGACGAUGAAACGUCGACGUCCGAGAGCGACGACGCGGAGGCGGACGACGACGACGGGCGAGGAGGGUUCGGAAGGGUGCUGCACGCGAGCGGGCACGUGGACGUGCGCGUGCGAGCGCGGUGCGAGGUGUUCACGCCGGUGAAAGAAUCGCGCUUGGUCGGCACGGUGAAUAAGAUCGCGCACGAUUUUAUCGGAGCGUUGGUGCUGGAUAGAUUUAACGUCGCGAUCGCGGCGGAAAAUAUACGGGAGGAGUUGGUGUCGUCGAGCGACGACGGGUGCUGGCGAAGCGCGUGGGACGCGACGCACGUGAUAAAGGUCGGGUCGCAGAUCGUGUUCACGGUGAAAGCGGUGACGGAGAGCGAUGACGUGGUGUUGCUGAGAGGGGCGAUGAAAGAUCCCGCCACGGGCGAGCGCGAGUACGUGGCGAGAUCGUCGAGUGGGAUCACGAGCAUCGAGCGCAAGCUCGUCGCGCCGGCGGAUUCGGAUUCGCGGCGCGAGAAAAAGUCGAAAAAGGAGAAGGAGAAGAAGGAGAAGAAGGAGAAGAAGGAGAAGAAGGAGAAGAAGGAGAAGAAGGAGAAGAGAAAGAGCGAGAACGAUUUAGAGAAGAGCGACGGGCGCAGCUCGAAACGCGCGAAGGAUUCGCCGUCGUAGUUUUUGUCAACGUCACCGUAGCGCCGUACGACGAAACGACGAACGCUCCCGUCGCCACACGCGCGCGCGCUCGGUCGCGCUCGGCGCUUUAGAUCGCGCCAUGGCGUACCCUAAAAAGCUCAGCGCCUACAUGGCGUACUCCAACGCCAAUCGCGACGAGGUCAAGCGCGAGCUCAUCGCGAGCGGCGUGGAGAAGCCGUCGAUCGCUGAAAUCGCGCGCGCGAUAUCGCUUAAAUGGA